GCAACGCAGCAUCGUUUGGCUCUUCUCCACAGUCGCCUCCGUUCACGGUGGUCCUAACCAAGAGACAUGGCGGACGUGGUGCAGUACAGAUUGGAGCGCAUGCUCGACGAGCUCGAUGAUCUGGAGCAGCGUGGCCUCUUCAGCCGCCGCGAGAUUGCGGAAAUCGUGAAGCAGAGGCGAAAAUUUGAGUACAGGCUUAAGCGGCCGAGUCCUCUGAAGCAGGAUUUUUUGGCUUACGUGGAGUACGAGACUCAGCUGGAUGCCCUCCGCAGGCUCCGGAAGAGGUCGGCGGCGCGCGAGUUGAAGAAGCAAGGGAACAAGAAGUUAAAGAAAUCAAAGUCUGAUUUCGCUGGCUUGCUCAGGAUUAUGGAGAUUUAUGAGCUCGCUUUGAAGCGUUACAAGGGAGACAUUGACCUCUGGUUUCGGUACCUUGAGUUUUGCAGACAGAGAAAAAAUGGCAGGAUGAAGAAGGCCCUGGCAAAAGUUAUUCGGUUUCACCCAAAGGUCCCGGGAGUUUGGAUUUAUGCUGCAGCUUGGGAGUUUGAUCAUAACUUAAAUGUUGCAGCUGCUCGUGCUUUAAUGCAGGAAGGUCUCAGAGUUUGUCCAACAUCUGAAGACCUUUGGGUAGAGUAUCUUCGGAUGGAGCUUACAUACAUUAACAAGCUAAAGGCCAGGAAAGUUGCUUUAGGUGAGGAUGAGGGGACUCUGACCCAUGAUCCUAGAAGUGCUGAUGAAAAACAAUGGAGAGAUGAAAACAAAGAGCUGUUUAUGUCUCUUAAUGAAAAAGAGAAUAAUGAUGGAGCAAACAUUGAAAUUGAUGAAUCAAAGAAAAAACCGGAAUUAUUUGAAGAGCAUGGUAUGAACAUUUUUCGAACUAUCUACCAUGGAGCAGUUGAAGCUGUCCCUUCAAGUCUAAGUCUUAGGAAGCGGUUUUUUGAAAUAUUGGAGGGCACAAACUUAGCACAUUCUGAAGAUAUGUGUAAGGAGAUACUGAAUGACAUGAAGAGGGAUUUUUCAACAGAUCCAGAAUUCUGGGACUGGCUUGCAAGGCAUGAAUGUGAUCUUGAAAAUGUGCCGGAGAUAAGUGAAGAAGUCAUAAUUUCCCAGGUGCAAAAGGCAAUUGAGAUUUAUGAGGAGGCUUUGAAAAGUUUGCCUUCAGGAACUAUGUUUAGUUUGUAUGGAAAUUUUCUAAUGGAUAUUGCAGCUCCUAAAGAAGGAGAAACCAAUAUAACUGGGUCAUCAGGUCAUGCUGGAGACUAUAUAUCACAUCUCCUGUCAAUAUAUGAAAGGGCUGAAAGCAUGGGGUGUGUUACUGAAGAUCUUUCUUGCAAGCAUGUGUCCUUACAUUUGCAAUUGAGACAGUUGAAUGAGGCCAGGAAACUGGCAGCAAAGCUUUGCAGUGGAAAACUUGCUGAGUCGGUACAGUUAUGGGAAUUAAGAAUCACUAUAGAAAUUAGAUGCAUCACAAGAAGUUCUUCUCCACCAAGGGAUGCUGAUUUGCUAUCCCUCUUUGAACUCCUUAGACAAAUUUUGGUGAAAGUGCCUGUUUCAAAAUCAGAGAACUUGUGGGUAAAGGCUCUUAAAUUCUAUGCUAAUCAAAGACAGUAUUUUGAUAAACUGGUGGAGAUUUCUGUUUUUUCUUUGGCCAGAGAUGGUGGCAGUGAAAAUGGAUUUUCCCUUUCUUUUGCCAUUGUAAGUUUUAUACUUCAAAAGGAUGGAAUUCAGCAGGCCAGAGAUUUCUAUAAACGAUUUCUAGCUUUACCUCAUCCUGGCCUUGCUUCAUAUAGAAAUUGCAUUGACCUGGAAACAAACCUUGCAUCAGUAGGAGAUAACGAUGGUCUAGUAAAUGCCAGGAAAUUAUAUGAAUCUGCUCUUGCAACUCAUGACCAAAAUGUCAGCUUGUGGCAAGAUUACUAUAGUAUGGAGACCAAGAUGGGAACAUCAGAAAAAGCUUCUGCUGUCUAUUGGCGUGCAAGGAGAAUACUCAAAGAUGCUAGUAAAUUUGUUGCUUCAGAUUUGUAAUAUUUUCUAAAUUAAGAUCAUGGCUAUUGGAAUUCAAUUUUGACCACUUUUAUUAUAAUAUAACAUGCACCCGUGUGCGUAUGCCGGGUCUUGCUAAUGAGUAGUAGUUAAAUUUAUGUACAUGUAAUUUCAAAAAAAAAAAAAAAAAUUUAUGUACAUGUACUCAUUCAUGAGUGGAGCCAGCACGCUUUUAAAAAACUAUCGAAUCUGAUAUCGGCGUGUCACCGCGUGUAGGCAUCUUCAGUUGCAGGAGGAA